GUUCCUGGCUGCAUCUUGAGUUCCCACAGUCAACCAUGUUUCAUUGUAUAUACUGUGACGUAGUACGCAUUCGGGAAGCACAGCUGUGACGUAGUUGGUACACAGGUGAAAACCCAGAGCAGGUACUCUCAGACCUUAAAAAGAAAUUCCCCAAAGAUAUGAAGGGAAACUACCACUAUCCGGAUGGCAGUGAAUAUUCAGGGGACUGGCAGGAGGGACAACGUCACGGCUAUGGAGUCAUGAAGUUCCUUGACGGUUCUCAGUACUUUGGGAUUUUUGAUAAUGGACUCUGUCAAGGGACUGGGGUCAUGAUAUUUUCAGACAAAUCCAGGUAUGAAGGUGAUUUUCAGAAUGGAAAGUUUAAUGGUUAUGGUAUUUUUACACGAUCUGAUGGGAUGAAGUAUGAAGGACAAUUUAAAAGUGGACAGAUUUGUGGAUACGGGUUAGUAACAUUUGCUGACCACAGUCAUGGACUCCCAAGGAAUGAGGGGUACUUUGAGGGAAACAAACUCAUGAAAAGGGAGAAAUGUUCAGGGGCCAUCCAAAGAGCCAGACAAGCUUCUGAACAGGCCAAGUCACAUCAGAGAUUCUCAUGAUUCGGAAACAUAUCAUUUGUAGAUUUAUUGUAUACUUUUUAUUUGUUAUUAUAGAUGCAUAUUACCUAUACAUGUAUUUAUCAUUUGAUAUGCAAAGGAACCCUUAUACUUCAGAUUUAAUGUAUUUCUGUUUACAAAAGUACAUUUUUAAGAAUUCAAAAUUCAUAAUGUGUGACAAUCUUUUAUUUAUUUAUUUUUUUAUAUUUUUGUUUUAUUGAUUUAAUCAGAUUAUUAAAUAUUCUGUACAUUGAUUUUUUUGUUCAAAUCACUGAUCUUCUGCAUAUGAUUCUGAUUCAUCAAGAAAUUCGACAUUAUAAUUUUCAUACUAAUUUUUAUACUUCAUCAGUUUAAAAUUAUAUAACGGGGUUUAAUAGACCAAUCAUCAAAGUUUAUCAUUAUCCUUGACAAUAGUGGACAUUGUAAAAAAAAUGAUAUAAAUACGGUAAUUCUAAAGUGUCAUCAAAAGUGGCCUGGUAUUUUUGUAUUAAUACACUCUGCGAUUUGUAAGCUCUGAGAUUGACUGAGUAGUAAAGGCUUGCUAUUAUGGUUGUAUUUUCACAUUUCAAGAUUUAUCUCUCACCAAGUAGAGAAAAAGACAAAUCCUGAUGUCCACAUUCCCUGCAUUAUACGUGUACAUUCUAACUGAAAAGUACAUUAUCAUUACUUUUUUUAAGCAUAUAGAUGUUUUAAGGUUCUGGUGCUAUUGAAGGGAAAACGUUAAUUAGAAAGAUUCUAAAACUAUGAAUAAAUAUUUAUCAAAAGUU